AUGGCAGACAAGACGGCUCCGAAAUCCCAACUCAGGCUCGAGUGGGUGUAUGGUUAUAGAGGUCAUCAGUGUCGAAAUAACCUUUAUUACACCGCCCAUAAAGAAGUGGUUUACUUCGUCGCCGGGGUGGGCAUCGUCUACAAUCUGCGAGAGCAUCGUCAAAAAUUCUUUCUUGGUCAUGAUGAUGACAUCGUCAGCCUUGCCUUGCACCCUGAGAGAACUCUGGUUGCUACUGGACAGAUUGGGAAGAAGCCUUACAUAUGUGUAUGGGAUGCUUACAAUAUGGAGACUGUCUCAAUUCUCCGUGAUGGUCAUGAGAACGGGGUGGGGGCGAUGGGCUUUGACAAGGAAGGAACUCGUUUGGCAUCAGUUGGAAUGGAUCAGCAUUCCACCAUCAAUGUCUGGGACUGGAAGAAAGGGAAGAUUUUAGCCACAGUACGGGGACACUCUGAUAAGGUAUUUGACAUCCAGUUCCAUCCAUUUCAACCCAACACUAUUGUCAGCUGUGGAGUGAAGCAUAUCAAGUUCUGGACCCUGUGUGGAAAUGCUCUCACUCCAAAGAAGGGCGUUUUCGGCAAGGUGGGAGAGAUCCAGACUAUGCUAUGCUUGGCUUUUGGUCCAGAGGAUGUAACAUAUGCUGGUACAUUGGGAGGCGACAUCUAUGUUUGGAAGGGGAGUGAACUCCAGAGAGUUAUUCAAGGAGCUCACAAGGGACCGGUCUUUACACUUGAUUCAUGUGAUGAUGGCUACUCGUCUGGUAGUAAAGAUGGCACAGCAAAGUUGUGGGACUCAGACUUCAAACCCAUCACAACUGUUGACUUGACAACAGCUUCAGAUGGAUACAAAGGUCUAUGUGUACGCAGUGUUUGUUGGAGAGGGGACACAGUUCUCAUAGGAACUCAGGACAGCGAGAUAUUUGAGGUGGCAGUGAGGGAGAGGGAAAAACCAACCUUGAUUGCACAGGGGCAUGCAGAGGGAGAGUUAUGGGCCCUUGCAGUUCACCCAAAGAAACCUGUGUUUGUGACAGGAAGUGAUGACCAGACACUUAGGUUGUGGAAUACCAGUAACAAAGAGCUGAUGUCGAAAACAACUUUAGACCAGAAGAUUCGUUCCUGUGCCUUUGAUGGGGAGGGUUCUCAUAUCGCUGUCGGCUUGACAGACGGAUCUUUCAUGGUCCUGAGAUCAAGAGAUCUGUCAGAGGUCAUCCAUGUCAAGGACAGGAAAGAGGUCAUCCAUGAGCUCAAGUUUUCUCCUUGUGGGAAAUUUUUGGCGGUUGGCUCAAAUGACAAUUUUGUGGACAUCUACUCAGUAGACCAGCGUUACAAACGAGUUGGUACCUGUUCAGGUAGCUCCAGUUUUAUUACACACCUGGACUGGUCUGAGGACAGUAAAUACCUGCAGACUAACAGUGGUGCAGCCGAGAGGCUCUUCUUCAAGAUGCCUACUGGAAAGCAGGCUACCAACAAGGAGGAAAUACAGAGCAUUCAUUGGUCAACCUUUACCGGUGUCCUGGGGGCAGAGGUCAAUGGUAUAUGGGAGAAGUACACAGAUACAAAUGAUGUGAAUGCUUUGGACGCUUACUUCAGGGGAGAAGUAUCAGUGACUGGGGAUGAUUUUGGGCUGGUCAAACUACUCAGAUUUCCAUGUCUAAAGAAAGGAGCAAAGUUCAGGAAGUAUGUGGGUCAUUCGGCUCAUGUGACCAAUGUACGGUUUACCAAUGACAAGACGUAUGUGAUAUCCACUGGAGGAGCUGAUCAUGCUAUAUUCCAGUGGAAGUUCUACCAAGAUGGCGCCAUGACAGAUGACCAUGAUCAACCUCAAAAUGCUUACAUGGACUCUAACAGCGAGGACAGUGACUCUGACAUGAGCGAUGUUCCGGGACUCGACUCCGAUGUCGAGAGGGAAAAACAGAAAAACUACAGCAGAACUUUGUACAAAGAAGAUGCAGCAAAAUUGAAAAAGCUCAUGAAGGAUGACAUGAAACCAGGAGAUAAGAGAAAAAGAGCACCUGCUGACGGGCUAAAACUGAAAUAUGUUCAUGGGUACCGUGGUUACGACUGCCGUAACAAUGUGUUCUACACCCAGACUGGGGAGAUUGUGUACCAUGUGGCGGCAGUGGGGGUCGUGUACACCCGGGAGAAGAACGAACAAAGGUUUUAUGUGGAGCACACAGACGAUAUCCUCUGUCUUUGUAUACAUCCUCUAAAAGACUAUGUGGCCACUGGACAGGUUGGAAGGGACCCAACAGUGCAUGUGUGGGACACUCAGACUAUGAAGACUGUCUCAAUACUGAAAGGUCAGCAUCAAAGAGGAGUGUGUGCCGUGGAUUUCUCAGGUGAUGGUAAAAAGUUGGCUAGUGUUGGAUUGGAUGACAAUCACUGUAUUGUGAUCUGGGACUGGAGAAAGGGAGAGAAGCUUGCCACAACAAGAGGACAUAAAGAUAAGAUCUUUGUGAUUAAGUGGAACCCCAUGGAUCAGAACCGGCUGGUUACUGUUGGUGUCAAGCAUAUCAAGUUCUGGACUCAAGCAGGGGGUGGCUGUACGUCCAAGCGUGGCACUCUGGGUAAUGUGGCUAAGCUCUGUGACAUGAUGUGUGUGACUCACGGCAAGACGGCAGAGGUCUGCUUCUCCGGUGGCAGUGACGGCAACAUCUUCAUCUGGCAGGAUGUCCAGCUCCUCAAGACUGUCAAGGCACAUGAAGGGCCCUGCUUUGCUAUGCAUGCCCUUGACAAGGGAUUUGUUACAGGUGGGAAAGAUGGAAUUGUGGGUCUGUGGGAUGAUUCGUUUGAACGCUGCCUUAAAACCUAUGCCAUCAAGAAAGCAGCACUGACCGCAGAAUCCCAUGGGAUUUUGUAUGAGGAAUCACCUGCUGUACGCGCUAUAGUUCUCGGCCAUGGGAAAAUCUUAGUGGGAACAAAGAACGGAGAAGUGCUGGAAGUCGACAAAUCUGGGCCAAUGACAAUGCUAGUUCAGGGCCACAAGGAGGGUGAAGUGUGGGGCCUAGCUACCCACCCGACCAAGGACAUCUGUGCCACGGUUAGUGAUGAUAAGACACUGAGGCUCUGGGACCUGGGUCCUGAACAUCGUCUCAUCAACAUGAAACAGUUGAAAAAGGCUGCAAGGGCAGUGGACAUCUCACCAGAUGGCAAGCUGAUCGCAGUGGGACACAGAGAUGGGAGCUUUGUGGUUGUGAACAGUGACACCAUGGAAGAGAUGGCAUCAUUCCACGACAGGAAAGAGGAAAUCUCAGACAUCAAGUUCUCCCCAGACCCUGGCAAGUACUUGGCUGUAGGCUCUCAUGACAACUUUGUGGAUAUCUACAACGUCCUAGGCAGCAAGCGGGUGGGCAUAUGCAAGGGGAGCUCCAGCUAUAUCACCCAUCUGGACUGGGACAGGAAUGGUAAACUACUGGUAACUAAUUCUGGAGCAAAGGAGCAACUGUUUUUUGAGGCACCCAGGGGAAAGCGUAUCACAUUGAAAAGCGCUGAAGUUGAGAAACAAAAGUGGCACAGCUGGACAUGUGUUCUGGGUCUGACCUGUGAUGGAGUGUGGCCACCCAAAUGUGACGUCACAGACGUCAAUGCUUCUGCCCUGAGCCGUGAUGGACGCUUGCUGGCAACAGGCGACGACUUUGGCUUUGUCAAAUUGUUUGAGUAUCCAGCAAAGGGUAAAUUUGCUAAGUUCAAGAAGUACAUAGGUCACAGUGCGCAUGUGACAAACGUACGUUGGACGCACAAUGACAAGUACCUGGUGUCGGUGGGUGGGUCUGACACAGCGGUCAUGGUGUGGUCACAUGUGUACCCGGCUGAGCGUGCUUCCACCCAGGGGGAGAGUGACGAGUCAGACGAUGAGUCUGAGGGGGAGGGAGGGUAUGACAGUGAUGUGGAAAGAGAGAGCACCAUGGAUUACAGUAUGAAGAUCUAUGCCAACCCUAUCAGGGAGAAGAUAGGGGUGAAACCUCACCUACAGGAGACAGAGACUACAGCAAAGCCAGCUGUCAGCCGAGGAGCCCCAGAACCUCCCAAAGUUCAAAGGUCAGAUCCUCCACCAGCUGCUGGAGGCAAGCGCAGAAAAACUACACAAGUUACAGACCUGCAGUUGGAAUAUGUUCACGGUUACCGUGGGUUUGACUCCAGGAAUAACCUGUUCUACAUCAAUGAUGGAGCAGAGAUCGUUUUCCACACAGCCGGUGCAGGCGUUGUGCAGAAUCUCUCUACAGGAAGUCAGAGUUUUUAUUUAGAGCACACAGAUGACAUCAUUUCCCUAACAACCAAUCAGCACCCCAAGUACAAAAACAUAGUUGCCACAGGACAAAUUGGCAACACCCCUUCAGUCCAUAUUUGGGAUGCAGCUACAAAGGAGACCUUGUCAGUGAUUCGUGGUGACCACUCAAAAGGCGUAUGCUGUGUGGACUUCUCAAGUACAGGGAAGUACCUGGUCACAGUGGGUCUGGAGGAUGAACACAACAUUGUUGUAUGGAGAUGGCAAGAAGGUGCAAAAGUUGCAAUGACUCCUGGCCAUUCCAGCCGGAUAUUUCACGCGGAGUUCCGCCCCGACUCUGACACGCAGUUUGUGACAGUUGGGAUUCGCCAUGUGAAGUUCUGGACGGUGGCUGGGGGUGAGCUGGUGGGGAAGCGUGGGAUUCUGACAGAUGCUGGGAUGGGUGGAGACGCACAGAGGAUGCAGACCAUGUUGUCUGUGGCAUUUGGGGCUAACAACAUGACAUACACGGGAUCGCUGAGCGGAGAUGUGUUUGUGUGGAAGGACACCACCUUGGUGAGACUGGUGCAGAAGGCUCACUCUGGUCCUGUCUUCACCAUGUUUACCACCCUGAGGGAUGGGCUUAUUGUCACAGGGGGCAAGGAACCAGGGGUGAAGGACAACGGACCUGUGAAGUUAUGGGACCAAGAAAUGAAGAGAUGCCGUGCAUUCCCUCUUCUAGAGGAGGGCAGCAAAUCAUCCGUCGUCAAAUCUGUCUGUAGGUGUAAGGGUAAGAUCUUGGUGGGUACAAAAGAGAAUUCUGUGGUGGAGAUAGGGGAGAAGGGUGGUUCUGCUCAGGUGGUUGUUUCUGCCCAUGGAGAAGGGGAGGUCUGGGGCCUGUAUCCUCACCCCAGCCAGCCUAAGUUCAUCACUGCUAGUUAUGACGGGUCUGUCAGACUCUGGGAUCUACAAACUAAGACAUCUGUGGCCAAGCUGGUGGUGGGACCCGCUAGAUCUGUUUGCUUUAGCCAUGAUGGAGAGCUCAUUGCGGUUGGCCUCCAAAAUGGAGAAGUCAUUGUUCUCAACAGUAAUGGCCUAAAGAUGUGGGGCAAACGAAGGGACCGGGCCGGGUCUGUUAAUGACUUAAGGUUCAGCCCAAAUGGGAAAUACCUGGUAGUGGGGACAGAGGAUAAGUAUGUGGAUAUCUACGACAUCAGCCAGGGUCCUGCUCUUAACCGUGUUGGAUACUGUAAUGGAAUCCCCAGUUUUGUCAUCCAGCUGGACUUCUCUGCUGACAGCCAGUAUGUGAGGGUAGGAACAGGUGCUUAUGUGGAGCAGGUGUUUGCUGUACCGAGUGGGAAGCUGGCGGAAGAAAAGGAUGUCUUCAACAAAAUCACCUGGGCUACCUGGACAAGUGUGUUGGGACAGGAGGUACUGGGUAUCUGGCCGAAGGACUCGUCUAAAGGGGAUGUUAACUGCGCUCGCAGUUAA